UUCCCCUCCUCCCCGCGCUUCGCCGUGAUCGGCAUCGUUCUCGCGACCGUUCCCCCUCGGUGAGGGUUGCGCGCGCGCGAGCGCGCGCGCGACGUCGUCCCCGUCGCCGUCGCCGCUGUGUCGUAGUCGUUGUCGUAAUCCCGUGUCAGUGCCAUAUGUACCUCGCGCGACGUACAGACGCACGGCGGUCGAGAUGUGGGUGAAACCGCAGGAGGUGCUGCUCGCCAACGCGUUCUGGAUUACUGAGCAAGCGACUGUAUAUUUCGUUUUGCAACGUCGCAAAGGGCAUGGAAAGACAAAAGGUCUCACAUCCAUAUUGGUGGGCACAUUGGACAGUGUUUUUGACACUAAACCACCACCAUUUAGAAUUCUUCAUCAGACACCAUCGUCGGAAGUUUAUUGGGAAGUGGCAUGUUCCUUGACCCGCGAGGAGAUUUUGCAGGAUUGGGAAUGGCUCCAUUCGAAUUUAAUGACCACUCUCACGUCGUUCGAUACCGAGGAGGAGAUCACGGAAUUCGUUUGCUGCAAAAUUCAAUCCAUAAUAGCAAAUAAUAUUCCAGAUUCUCAGUUCGCGGAUGAAGAAGAUCCAGAAUCUUUUAAAACUGUGUCUUUCAAAUUUCAUCAAUUGUUUAAUAUACCCAAGGAAGACAAAUUGGUCAAUUACUAUUCAUGCAGCUACUGGAAAUCACGAUUACCAAGGCAAGGUUGGCUCUAUUUAUCUGUAAACCACAUGUGCUUUUACGCUUACAUACUGGCGAGAGAAACGAAGCUGACUAUAAGAUGGACAGACAUCACAGCAUUGAACAAAACAAAUGCCCUUAUAGUUCCAGAUAGUAUACGCGUUGUAACACGUGACAAUAAAGAGCAUUAUUUUUCUAUGUUUUUACAUAAAUCAGAAACGUAUUCGUUAAUGGAACAACUGACCAAUAUUGCUAUGAAAAGACUCAUUGAUGAAAAAAGUGGAUUUAACGAGGAUAGAGACUUAUUAAAUAAACUAAGCAAAAAUGUGCCUAAGAAGCCAUCUUUCUUGAAGAGGGAUCUGGAUGCACGAGCGCAUUCGGAAACAUACAGGCUUCAAUUUAGGUUGCCAGGAGCCGAGAAAUUAGAUGGUAGCAUUGAUGCCACUUUAUGGACUCCGUAUAAUAAAAGAUAUGUCUGGGGAAAGAUAUAUUUAUCCCAAAAUUAUCUUUGUUUUGAAAGUAGGGUAAGAAGACAGGUCAAUUUAGUUAUACCUUUAAGGGAAGUGACGCUCGUUGAGUCGGCGGAAAAUCAGUCCAGUACAGGAAAUGAUAAAUCGAUAUUGGUCACGACAUCGCGUUCAUCAUUUUUAUUCGCGCAGAUACACGAUAGAGAUUUCGUAGUGCAAAAAAUCUCGGAACUUCUGGCAAAGUCUAAACUCAAUUAUGUUAACAUCAGCAAUUGCGAAGAAGCGAAACCUACAGAAAUACAGUGGAAACCACAACCGCCAUUGAUGAUACUUUUUAAGGCUCCAUUGACUCCCGAAGCCGCGUUGAAGCAAGAAGCUAAGGAGAAACAAUGGGAACUCCAUUUUGCAGAAUACGGAAGGGGAAUCACAAUGUAUAGAACUACGGAAACUACAAAACUCAUUAUACAAGGAAUACCGCAGUCCCUCAGAGGGGAAGUUUGGCUCACCUUUUCUGGUGCCUUAAAUGAAAAGGCAAUGAAUCCAGAUUUGUACAAAUCAUUGGUCGAGCAAUCUCUUGGUAAAUCAUGUCAAGCAAAUGAAGAAAUCGAAAGGGAUUUACAUAGAUCGUUACCAGAACACCCAGCUUUCCAAUCAGAUACUGGAAUAAGCGCGCUGCGACGGGUACUAUCUGCCUAUGCGUGGCGAAAUCCUCAAAUCGGUUAUUGUCAAGCAAUGAAUAUAGUCGCUUCUGUUCUGUUAAUUUACUGUUCCGAAGAGUCAGCGUUCUGGCAGUUAUGUAACGUUUGCGAAUCAUUACUGCCUGAUUACUAUGAUCGAAGAGUAGUCGGUGCUCUUGUUGACCAAGGUCUUUUAGAGGAAUUGGCAGCUGAGCAUUUGCCAGUUUUACAUGCCAAGUUACAAGAGCUUGGCUUAAUUAAAGUUAUUUCAUUAUCUUGGUUUUUGACAAUAUUUUUAAGCGUCAUGCCAACUAGUAGCGCUGUAAAUAUUAUGGAUUGUUUCUUCUACGAUGGAGCAAAAGUUAUUUUUCAGAUAGCACUAACUGUGCUGGAAUGGAAUCAAGACAAGUUACUCAAUUGUCGCGAUGAUGGGGAAGCUAUGCAACUAUUAACAGAUUACCUCGGUGGUGUUUAUAACGACGAAGGUCCGAUAUUUCCUAGACCAGUUGAUAGUACAACGCCCAACAAGAGUAUAUCUGUCCAAACGUUAAUUUAUGAAGCGUACUCAAGAUAUGGAUCUUUGACAAUCGGUGGGAUAGAAAGAUUGCGCCUGAAGCACAGACUGAGAGUAGUUCAAAGCCUCGAAGAUGGAAUUGAGAAAAAUGUAAUAAGAAGCGUUAUUGUCGAUAAAUAUAUGAAAAUGGAAGAACUGCAGGAAUUGUUAAGUUUAGUGAGAGAAGAAUUAAUGAGCCAACGAAAAUCCGAACCUGACCGCUAUGAUCCGACUCAACCGCCUUACGAAGCAUAUAAAGUAGAUUUUGACUUGUUCAGAAUAUUAUUUGGCGGACUAUCUCCAUGGGGAAAAUGCACUCAAGCGGAAUCUCUUUCAGCACGACUAUUUCGUUUGAUGGAUCGUAAUCGCGACGGUUUGUUAAACUUCCGGGAACUAGUGCAAGCUAUAGGAAUGACAGCAACAGCUGAUUUAACGCAGAGAUUAAAGCUAUUGUAUACAUUGCAUUUACCACCACUUCUUACACCUGUCGACUUUGAAUCGCCAACACAUUCAGCAGAUGGAGCCGAAGUGGCGGCAGAAGCUACGGAUUUCUUCGAUAGCAUGGAACAGAGUGUAGCUUCCUUGGAAAUGCCAAUUAGUGCUGCAGAAGAGCCUUCGAUAGGCACUUUAUCACGAUCCACGAGCUUAAACAGCCAACCAGGUGAUCAGUCAUGGGAAGUUCAGAGUAUGGGCAGCUUGCGUUCGAUGAUAGCAUCAAAAGACAGUCCACUGGACCUCAAAACCGUGCCAAAAAUGUCUCAAAGACAUUUUAUAGCAUUGUGGAAAACUCUUUAUGACAUGUUUCCUGCUCAACCCGAAGAACAGGAAACAUAUCAUUGUAUCGCUUCCAUAGGUACGCUUCUGCUCCAAUUGGGAGACGUUGGCAAGAAAUUCUAUGUAGAGAGAGAAGAAUCUGAUGAUAGCUUACUUCUAGCUGCUUCUGCAGCCCAACAAACUUCUGCAGUUGUUGAAAGGUCACCCGACCGUAAUGGAAAUCCAUCGAGCAUAACGUCGUCCGCUGACCCUGAAUGGUCGAUAACUGUCGAGCAGUUUUUGGCAUCUGCUUUGACCGGCCAGGCAAUAGUGGACUUUUUCAGUAAACGAACCGACCUCAUAGAAGCUAUGACAACAUUGAAAAAUCGUCGAUUCAACCGGGUUCAUUCUUUAUCAGACACACCUACCCUGAAUGGAUGACAUACGGUAAUCAAUGUAUAAGAGAAUCUAUACAUAUUUUUAUGCAUGAUUGGCGUAGAUAAAUUGACGAAGAAAAAACAGAGAAAUUGCUUCAAAGGGAUUUAUAUAUUAUUAUUAGAGAAUGCAAAUUUUAACUUGGAGAGAGAGACGCAUUCACGUGAGUGGCAAUAUGUGCAAUAUCAUAGCUGUAAACAAUACGGAUUUAUUUGUUACAAUGCUAAGAGGUCGCAUCAAGAUUUUUAUAAUUAUUAUUCUCAAAAUUUCUUAUAUAUAUACACUCUGUUGCGAAUGAAAUAAUACAUACUGCAUUGCUUGAUUUUAGUAGUCUCUCUAACAAUCUUUUUUAUAAGAUACAUUUAAUUACAAUUGUAUUCCAAUCCAUUAUGUUAGAAAAAGUAUAAAUAUGAUUAUUUUUUUUAAUAUGAUUUAUCUAAUAUAUAUAUAUAUAUAUUGUAUUAACAAUACUAUAAUUAUUUUAUUAGUUUCUAAGAAUUUCUCUAACGACAAGACAUAUGUUUAAUAUGUAGGCCUACUCUAUCAAUCAUUGCAAAUGUAUAGCGCGUCAAUACACAUGGGAAAAAAAUCGGAAUAAAAAAGUUAUUUGUAACAUUUUUCGAUAUUUAUUAAAAAAUAUUUUUUUUUAUCGAUUUGUUUCUUUACUAAGAAUAUAAAUUUUAUUUUGUCUUAUGUAAAGAUUUAUUUCAUUAAAGAAAAGUGAUAUCUCGCAAAUAAGUUUUUAUGUAUCUUUUUCUCAGUGUAGUAAAUACUCAGGGUAAAAAUUUUGAAGCCAAUUUCCAUUGCUUUGAAAUUCUCCAUGUAUAAAUAAUAUGGAUUUUUUAACAUCUAAUAUUGACGCAUAAAUAUUUCUAAGAAUAAACACUUAGAAAAUGACACUCCAGAUUUAUUUGGAAAUGUCAAGCAAUUUUGGUUGCCGCAGAUGUAUCAAACAGUUGCAAAACAUAUAUAAGUAUCGACUAUAAGCAACAAUUUAAAUAUAUAUAAAUUCACUAUUUUAUUCUCCAAUUUUGCUUUACAAUAUUAAAUGUUAUAUUCAAAUGUCACAUAUUCUUUAAGUAUUAUGUUUUUAAUUAUUUUAAGAAGCAAGUCAAAAUAUUGAAUAUUGAAUUGAAAGAAAUUACUUGCAUCUUUGUUUAGAAAUUUACGAAAUUGUAGUCUCUAUGGAAAUUUAUUCUUGAUAUUGUAAAUCUCUUUAUUAUAAAUCAUAUUUUACAUUGUAUCAUAAAUCUUUUUAUGAUGAUAAAUUCUAGUAAAACAAACUGACGCAUGAAUACAUGUAAGAUAUUCCUACCAAAAAUAUGCCAUAUUAUCUCAAACAAUAAAGAUAUUUUUUAUAAUUUGUUUGACCGUUAUAGCAAUUAAAAAAUUUGCAUCAAUUUUUUAUGUAUCUGCAAAUGGAGACAUAUGUGAAAAAAAUAACUAUUUAUAAACAUACGUAAUAUAUGUAAAUGAUGCAAAAGCUAAUAUGUAUUCAAGAUGAUGUAAUGCAAUUUUGAUAUGCAGUAUUAUGUAAUAACUGAUCAUUGCCUUCCAAUAAUACAAGUUUCUUAUUAUCUGAUUCAUAUUCAUAAAAAGUAAGUUAUAGAGCUAACUCAUUAUUAGAAGAAUUAAAAUAGAUUAGAAAAGACUUAGAAAAGUUUUUUUCAGAAUUCUUUCUAGUAUAAUUAAAAUGUAUUUUGAUUCAUUUAUUUUUAAAGUUCCACAAUCAUGAUAGGAAAUAAGUAAAAAUCUUAGACGAUAAUAACGAUGCAGGUUGCAUGGUAUACGAUCUAAAAAUCGUUGCCUAGAAAUACCAAAUUAUUUGUUCUUUUGAAAAGAUCUAUUAUCUUGUAAUCGACAGUAAAAUGCUGGAUAACUUCUUCCUAUUCUAGAUAAAGAUAAAUUUUAACAUAAGAGAUAUAAAGAGCUUUUUUUGAUUGAUUAAAAUUUAUUGAAAAUAGCCAAUUCCAAGUGUAUAUUGUAACAUGAUUACAUACACUUUAGUAAUAGUUUUUAUUUUUAUAUAACUAAAGAGUAUUCACACAAUUUUACGAGCGCAAUUUGCAAAGCGGUACUAUGGCAUCUGAUAUGUACGAAGAAAUCUUAUUAUAUCAAUGUAUUAUAUGUGUAUAUAAAAAUAUUUCAUACCUGUAAUUGUAUGUAUAAAAUACAUAAUAAAUAUCGUGUAUAAUAUACGCUCACGAGCAA